UGUCUAUGCUCCUUACUUCUAGGAAUGACACAGAAGAUACUGCAAUGGAGCAAGAACAACGCUGCGAUCAUCGGGCAUCUGGACGAUUUUGGGAGCACACCGCUCCAUUUUGCUGCCUCGGCUGAAGGCAAGGAGAUGGAAGAAGCAAGCAAUUUCGGCACUCAAUUCCUAUUUCAGCGCCGGGCAGACGAUCCUACUCCAGUUCGUCAGCUAUUGGGCGCCCACAAAUAUUCUGCAUACCGGCCAGAUAAUAAGGGACAGUACCCUAUACACAUCGCCGCAACAAUGGGCAACUGUAAGGUCGUGACUCUCAUUCUUGGCAACUGCCCAGAGUGCGCCGGUCUGCGCAAUGCCCAUGGGAGAACGUUUCUCCAUGUUGCGGUUGACAUGAGGUGGGAAAAAAUAGUGGACUACGCCACCAAGAACGAUACGUUCGCCUCCAUCCUGAAUAUGCAGGACAACAAUGGCGACACGGCGCUGCACUUAGCUGUCCAGGUUGGGGUUCUAAGGAUAUUCCGUAAUCUGUUACGGAAUAACCAUGUAUCAUUGAAUCUGGCAAACCACAAGGGCCAAACUCCAGCUGACCUCUCAAGGAGCACUAUUCCAGUUGGGUUUUACCACAAGACGAAUGCUCGGAUGUGGAUACUUUGGUCCCUGUUAAAAGCCAGUGCUCUCAACGGCAACGACAGGCGUGAUCACUUCCAGGAAAAGAACAUUCAUAAGAUAGACGAGGGCAGAGAGUCGAAGAAAAUGACCGAGGCGUCGCAGAUGACUGGCAUUGGCUCUGUACUUGUCGCAACCAUGGCAUUUGCUGCAGCUCUCACCUUGCCUGGAGGCUACAUAGCCAGUGAGCAGAAGAAUGGUGGUACGCCAACCCUCGCUGGGUCUUACGCUUUUGACGCGUUCAUGUACGCUGUCGCGGUAGCAUUCAUCUGCUCCAUGCUUGCCACGUUCAGUCUCAUGUACUCAGGUAUGGCCACGGUUGACUUGAAGAUCAGAAACGAUUACUUCAGCCAAUCCGUAAGUUGGAUGUGGAAUUCCAGCAGAAGCUUGCUGGUUGCCUUCGCAUUGGGGGUGUACCUCGUGCUGGCACCCAGAGACGGUACCACUGCCAUUGGUGUUUGUAUUCUCACUUCAGGCACUCUACUCUUCAGGAACAGGGAAGUCGGCCGAAUCCUUAUCUGCACGUAUACGUUGCACAAGAGAGUCGGAAUCAUCAUAUGGCCGCGAGUUGCUACCAAGAUCCUCAUAAUGAUAUUUCAGUCAUAUUUUGUCUACAUUGUUAUUUUCAUUUUCCCGGUAUGUUUUAACGGGAUUUUCAAGCUCUUUCCAAUCUUGGGUGCAUCCAAAUAAGUUGAGCAGGUCAUGGUCCUACAUAGAAACUAUUAAGUGUGUACGAAACAAUCACUGAGGAAUAAGAAUUCAUAUGUUGGUGAGAACGGCGAUGUUUUCUCGGUUGCUGCUGCAUUUUGUUGAUGUUCGGUGGUA